GUCAGCUACGCCGCUUUGUUGACUUAUCAGAGCUGCAGCCAUGUGCGAAACUCAUUCUGAUUUUCCAGCACAGCCGCAAUUCACGCUCAGUCGAAAUCUGGAGACCAUUGAGCGUACAUUUAAUUAGAAUAAGUGUUCCGAAAAAAAUAUACACUAAAAUAAAAACACUACUACACUGUGAACUUGAAGAAAACAAUGUCGAGCAAGAUAAAAACGUUGAUUUCCGGUCGUGGGCUGACGUUGUUGUUUUUUCAAAUUGGAUUAUUGAUGGUGGGAAUGCUCAUUUCCGUGCCAGGCGCCAGUUCUUUAACCGAUGACAAUGUUGAAGCCUCCAACAUAAGCACCAUCGAACGCCUUCAGAUGAAUUUAUUUAUUAAUUACGAUGAGAACACUCAACCUACUGUCGGAGGACAGCCGACGAAUAUAUCUCUUGGUCUUAAUGUCAAUUAUAUAGACAUCGAUGAGCUCAACGGCAAAAUCACACUACAUUGUUGGUUAAACGCUCGCUGGAAAGAUGAACAGCAUUCGUGGAAUGCCCGGGAAUAUGACAACAUAACCAAGGUGCAUUUAUCCGGUCACAAGUUGUGGAAACCGCAGAUAACGCUCUUCAAUUCAGCCGUCGAGGAGGGAAACUUUCUGGUGAGCACGCAAUUGAUACUGUCCAGCGAUGGCACCGUUCUCUGGGUGACUCCGGCCGUCUAUACGGCGUACUGUUCUCUCAAUAUGCGCAAUUGGCCGUAUGAUGUGCAAACGUGUAAACUGAAGAUUGGCACCUGGUCCCUGAACAAUAUUGAGGCCGUCUACAAUAAGGAAAGUCACGAGCUCAACUACGAGAAUCUCGUGCAGUCCACGGAAUGGGAAAUUGUCAGCGGAUCAAAUAAAUUUGUGCACCAGGACUUUUACAAUUAUAUUGAGUUUACAUUUACGGUUAAACGACGCUCCUCAAUGUACACUGCUGUCAUCUAUACACCUGCCACUUGCAUUGUUCUUCUUGCACUGUCCACAUUCUGGCUGCCACCACAAAUGGGAGAGAAGAUUCUCCUGAACGGCAUCCUUAUCGUCCUGAUCUCCGCUUUCCUCAUGUACUUUGCGCAGCUGUUGCCGGUGCUGGCCGAGAAUACGCCACUAAUUGUGGUUUUCUAUAGCGCCAGUCUGCUCCUGCUGAGUUUAUCCAUGAUCAUUGAGGUCGUGGUGCUUUAUCUGGCCACAGCUCAGCACAAGCGUCGUCUGCCCGACUUCCUGAAGCGACUAUUGAACGGCAAACUGGGAACCUGGCUGCAUCUCUCCUAUUUCAGCAACGAGAGUGAAUCGCGUUCGGCAGGAAAUGGCAAUGGAAUCGUCAAGGAGCUGGACGAGCAUAUCUACGAUAAUGCAGAUGAGCCCAUCAAUCCGCUGGACAUCAAUUCAAGUGAAAUGCCCUCGGCACGUGCCCUCCAGUACGAUUGGGUGCUCCUGGCCACCGCUGUGGAUCGGAUUUGCUUUAUUGCCUUUGGCUUGGUCUACGUGGUGCUGUGCAUCGUCUACGCCGUCUAAAAUUGAAGGUGUCCACAUCCUGCUAAUCUCGGUUAGGUGACGGCUUUGUAUUUCUAUUACUCAAUUUUUAUUCCUUGUUUUUAUGCCCAAAUUAGAAUUAUAAAUAUGUGUAC